GAAGCGUAUCGAGGAUGUUUUCUGCCGCUGUCGGAUGUCUCACUGUUUCACGUUUAUAUACUUGAACAGAUGAGUAUGUGACUGAGAAACGAAUCACACAGUUCAACAUUUCUGACUGGGUGUGUGUAGGAAUUACAAAACCGAUCACAGUGCAGAUCACCGAACAUUUCUGAACAAGCUGCAACAAGAAUAACCUGUUGUCUGAAUGCCCAAAAUGAUUUCUGGGGUUGUACACGUUGUCCUGUUCUCGAUCCUUGGUAUAGGAGGAUUUCUGACGCUGUUUGUAAUGUACUAUCAAUCAGCUCCAUCUCAGAUCUGCCCUCCCCAGCCUGCUUUGCCACAUCAUUACUCAAAGCCAUCUGAGAACAGCUCCUUGUCUAAGAAGCAGCCAGAGCCAGACAAGCCCAUCAUGCUGUUGUGGUUCUGGCCUGAAAACCGCAGGUUUGAUUUUAGAGAUUGCACCACUUUCUUCAACAUUGAUGGCUGCCAACUGACAGAUGACCGGUCUCUGUACAACAAGGCAGACGGGGUGCUCAUCUUUCACAAAUCCAUCAAACAUGAUUUAUCCAACUUGCCUCCAUCACCUCGACCACCAUUCCAGAAGUGGAUCUGGUAUCAUGUGGAAUCACCUACAAACACAAUUAGAAUACCUGGUCUAGAGAACCUUUUCAACUUGACCUUGAGUUAUAGGGAAGAUGCAGACAUCCCUGUACGUUGGCGCUUAACUGCAAGGAAAGGUCAGGGUGAGGACUUUGUGCUGCCCAAGAAGGAUAAAUUACUUUGCUGGAUUGUGAGUAACAAUAACCCUGCAACUGGAACAGCAGUAAGGGAUAACUAUUACAGAGAGCUUGUCAAACAUAUUAAGGUGGAUGUCUAUGGAAAAGCCUUUGCAAGAUUCUUGAGAUAUGAGGACUACUUCUCAACACUCUCCAGCUGUAAGUUCUACCUCUCCUUUGAGAACUCAGUCCACAGAGACUACAUCACUGAGAAGCUUAACGGACCACUUGUAGCAGGAACUGUGCCAGUAGUAUUGGGCCCACCGAGACAGAACUAUGAGGACUUUGUCCCGGGAGAUUCCUUCAUCCAUGUUAAUGAUUUUCCCAAUGCAAAAGCCCUGGCUGAAUUCCUCCUGAAGUUGGACAAGGAUGAUGAGGCAUAUCUGCGCUACUUUCAGUGGCGUAGAAACUUAUUUGCUCAGCAACAUCUAAUUCAACUGAGUCAAGAGUUCAUCCAAUCUAUUUGUUAUGCCUGUGACCAUAUAGGCAAACAUAAGGAGUACAGGGUUGUUCCUGAUCUUUACAAAUGGUACUUGGUUUAAUUAGUCUCUUCUGAUUAGCUAUUACCAUCACUGGUGUACCCCCAAACCUAUGAACAGGUUAUGAACCAUGACUAAAAAUGUCUAUAAUGACAGGAUAUUAGCUGUAAAACUGCAAAGUUUUACGACUCCAUCUCAACGAAAGAUGAAAGAAUAGGGAUAAAUCAAAUAAACUUCAUUUCAAGUCUGAUCUGAUUUAGUUAUAUUAUUUAUCUUGAUUUACUUCUUCAAUAUAAUUUUUGAAAUACAUAAAUAUCCUAUUAACGUCUCCAAUUUAACCCAAAAUGUUAAAGAAUGGGAUUAAGCCAGAUGGAACUAUCCAAGCUGUAGAUACAGUAUCUCCUUUUAAAUGUUGAUUUUUGUUUACGUUGUCAAGUAAACACAAUUCUAUAUUACUUUUGUAAUCUAGUAAAAAUAGCCUAAAGUUAAAGCUGUCUUACAAACUAAUGUAACAUUCAACCUUACAGUGAGGAAGACAUCCAUGGCCACAUUGAGGUUUCCCGGAACUAUACAUUAUAGAGUAAUAACGCAUACAUCUGUUUUAUAAAUCAACACAUUAUCUGGCAUUGUUUUUCCAUUUAAACUUUUAAAUGGUUGAAAGCACUGUGAUAGACAUUUAGAUGAAAACUAAACCAAAAAAUCUGACAUUGUUUUUCCAUUGGAAUUUGGUUGUGCUAAUAGAUGGUUGAAAGCACAGUAAUUACACAUUAGACAUUUAACUAACUUUUGGCUGUCUUUUUGAGUGGGUGAAUAAAUCUUAUAAUCUCAUUGAUCAACAUCACUCUCAACCAAAUAUUACCCAAUUAUCCAGGCGGAAAUGACGUGGUGUGCCCAGUGAGUAGAACCUGAAAGCAUUGUGGAUUUGUUUGCUAAUCCUGCUCUUCAUAGUUCAGUGAAAAUGCCAAUGUUUACAAAUAACUUUCCUGACCUCAUUCGACAUGUACGCAAAUAGUUCCUGGUUUAUAUUAUAUUGUACGCUAAUUAGCAAUGAGUUCCCCAUAUGGAAAAUUGACUGUAUAUCAAUAUUAGUACAAAAUAAAUUGAUAGACCUAAAAUGAGGCUGUAUAUCGUUAUAUAAAAUGUGCGACUGCGUGAAUGUUCCCUCUUCUGAUCACUUCCAUGUCUCCUUAAAGUCGAGACAGCUGCUUGUUGAUUGUCCACCAUCUCUCUAUGUGUAGGGUACAAUAUGCAGCUUCAGCAUAUGGCGCAUAUGAAUGUGUUCUUGCCUGGAGCUGCAAAACUGGUCAUACAAGUAGCUGUCAAGAUCAGGUUUCUAGAUCCCAGGCCAAAACACUGACAAGGUUCUUUAUCUCAAAAUUUAUUGGGGGGUUUCAUGCAAGGAUACUUUAUGGAGACACACAGGAAUGAAAUUGGCAUGAAAGGUGGUGGAAUGGUAGUGGUUUUGAAACAGGGGAAACAGGUAAUAAAUACAUGGUACAUACGAUAGCACAAGAGCAGAACUACCAUUAAGAUACGAGUGUAUAACUGUACAUGCUACCUGUGCAUAUAACAACACAGGUACAAACAGAAGCAGUAUACAAUAUGAAUAUGCAAUAGCUUCAUUCCAAAACACUAUAAAUCAAUUUUCAAAAAUUAUGGUCAAUCUGCUUGUAUUGUUCAAAGAAAUUAUGACAGCGAUUGGUGUGGGGUUGGUCAAUGACAGACAUGUAUUUGUUUAAAAUCUACUUGAUGGUUUCAUUUUAGAGAGACAAAUAAUCACGUUCCUUUUGUUGCAAAAUGUUAUAUAUGGUUGAUUUAGAAAUACGGGCCCUUUUGGAUGAUAGUUGUUUUUGAAAAUGAAACCUCUUUAAACUGCUUUAUAUAUAUCUGAAUAUUUUCUUCACUCUGUCUGGAAUCAAGAUUUAAUAGUGUCCGAGACCAUACUAUUUAAGAAUAUAAUUUUCUUUAUGGGGAAAUGUCAUUACCACCACAUCAUAAAAUGUGAUAUUUUAGUUGAAAAGACUAUUACAGAAAUUGUGAUGUAGGCAUUUUAUAUAACAUGAUUCUUUUUUUUUCAGUAUUUUUUUUUACUAUUUGGAAGUUUUCUUAAUAACAUGUAUUCUUCAUUGUCAUGUCUAAAUGUCCAUAUAUGCCUUGAUGCUACUCAGAAACAUGUAUUUACCACAUCAAAUAUGACAUUUUUUACAAUAUUUUAGGAAUUAUCUUAAGAACAUGCAUAUAAGGUUCACAUAUGGGAAAAGUCAUCAAUAUCAAUUGUAACUGUACACCUUUUCCCUCAAAAAUAUGUACAGUAAUAAUAAUGACUUAGCGUUAGCGUAAUGACUGUCACGACUUCUGCCGAAGCCGAUGCCUAUCCUUGUUCGGGGGGUGCUCAGCGGUCGACGUCACCGGUCUUCUAGCCAUCAUUGAUCCAUUUUUCAUGUUCCAUUGGUUUUGUUUUGUCUUCCUACACACCUGGUUUCAAUCCCAUUCAUUACCUGCUGUGUAUUUAAUCCUAUGUUUCCUCUCAUGUCCUUGUGAGAGAUUGUUUGUUGUUCAGUAUUCGUGUUGUUUGUAUUGGUGCGCGACGGGUCCUCGUACCCACUUUGUUUUAUUGUAUUCAUGGUUUUGGAGUUAUGUUUGUUUUCAAGUUAUGAAACAACUCCAUCCCACUAAGUUUGAUUCUCCUACGCCUGACUUCCCUGCCACCUAUACACACGACUCUGACAAUGACAGAGUGUGCUGGAAAUGACAUAUCGUAUAAAAAAAAUUAUAAAAAAUACAAUUACAUAUUUUAAUGUCACAAUUGUACAUGUUUUAUUGAUUAUAUAGAACAAACCAUUAAUAACCUCAAAAAACAAAGGCUACGAUGCAUCUAGAACUUAAAGCAUCUUUAAGAAGAAUUUUGGGCUUUAAUGCAUUAGGCAGAAAUACAUGUCUGGAACCACUGAUUGACAAACAAAUCUUUGUUCACUGGCUGCAGUCUAUUGAUUCAGACUCAUGAGACCCACUCAAGAUUUUGCCCUUAAUGCUCUCUAUUGCUUAACGAGAGAGCAAAUUUCCUCCUCGACUGCGCCAUCAAGCAUCAUAUGCCGUUUGGUCAAUGGAUGGGGGAGCCCUAUCUGGUAAUAGACCAAGUCCGUAUUGUGGCAAGAACAGCUCAAAUAAGCAAAGAGAAACGAUUGUCCAUCAAUACUUUAACACAUGAAUUUCAGUCAAUACGGAAAAUGUCAAGAACUUUCUUCAAAUUUCAGGGUUUCUUCAAGUGCAGUUGCAAGUCAUAUUUACCUUUUAUUUUUCAAUAAUUUCCCAACAUACAAAUGUUAAUCUCCCUCCAUGACAUCCAUGUGCUCCACUGUCACUAUUCAUAUCCAUGGUAACCAAGUACACAACUUUGUUUAAAAAAUGUCAUGUAAUUUGCUUGUCGUGGUGGUAAUGACACAAUACUUAGAGAUGACUGUAUUUUGUGUACAAAAAGUAACAUGGCUUAUGCCCAUCUAACAUGUAUAUAGUUUCCAUUUAUGUGACUAUUUUUUUUAAACAGGUGCAUUAAAUAUUUUCUUAUUAUCAA